UCAUAGUCACACUUUUAUGGGCUUGGUCCAAAAGCGUUCUCAUCGUUUCCGUCGAUAUUAUUUCCAACGUAAACCAUUAACGAUUUUGAGAAUUAAUGAAAUUCGUAUUUGUCAUCAUAUUAACGAAUCACAUAGUUUUCUCCAAUAAUCAUUUUCAUUUUCCUUCGAAAUUAACUUAAAGCUUAAACUUCGCGCCAAAACUCAGUUACUAUGACGACCGAUUCGCAACCGAAUUUUCAAAUUUUGAAAUAGUCAGUUCAACUCAGUUGGUUUAUAACUUUGUCAACCACUUGCUUGUGAUUAAAUAUUUCAAUUUUUUAUUUAGUAAAUUUAAUUGUUACCAUUCUAAUUUUUGUGAUUUUUUUCAAAAAUUUGUUUUCCACUUUGUCGAUAUCAAUAUGUCACAAGAAAUACCAUCGAUCCUUUCAUGUUCUUUGUAUCAACAAGUGAAGAAAAAGAAAAGAAUUUCUUUUUCACAAAAUAUGGUUUUUCAAGAACUUUAUGAAGAUGGAACUACAAGAACGUAUCAUGAGAAAAUUGCCGAUGAGCUAACACCAUCACUGGAUGAGAUGAUGGUGACUCUGGAAGAAUCUGAUUCUGUCCAUAACACUACGCUUUAUGAUUUUAAUAUGGUGAUUUCUUCACCAUCACCAUCACCAUCACCAUCACCAUCACAAUCAACAUCACCCAUCAUCUCACCAACCACCUCGCCAACCACCUCGCUGAUCUCUCUCAGUGAUUCUGGAUCAACAGAACAAAGCUCUUGUGCUUCAAUUGAAUUUUCUCGUAAAGAUUAUUCCACUUUCGAGAGCAGAUAUGACGACUCAAUCCUUUUUUAUGUUGAUAAAAAAUCAACUCUCGAAUUGAGCUCAGAAGAAGAAGUUUCUCAACAAAUCGAACACAACUCAACCUUCGUUGGCUCUUUAUUUGUUGAUGAUGUUUCAAUGGUUGAAGAUGAAUCAACGAGUGGUGAUGAUGUUUUCAACUUUAUUGAUAACUCAAUCUUCACGAAAGUACCUGAAGCUAAUAUAGAUCUUUCAUUAAUCGAUCCAAGAUUCCACAAGUUUGUCGUUAUAUUAGAUCACGAUGGUGCCGUUUUGAAAUUUAUGAACGGAAAUUUUCUCAUUCAUUUAAAAUAUUCGGUAUCCAAUAUUGACACUGCCGAAGUUAAAUUGGAAGACAUCACAAUUGAAUCUUGUAUUGAUAAGAAAAUCAACUCUCAAGGAUUAGCCCAAUUAAGUGAAUAUAGUGUUCAUCAUUUAACUAAAUCAGAUGAUAAAUUGAUUCGUUUAAUCAAGAAGACAGUGGCCAUUAAAUUCGACCAGUUCAAGAAACAAAAAGGAACAACAACAGCCUUAUUGACAACGAUCAUUAAUGAUCUUCAAAAGAUUUUCCAUCAAAUUGUAGCUCUUUUUGUUGAUCUGCUUAAUGUUUGUCGUUUUCAUGAAUGGAAAAUCAUAAACGCCAAUAUUGCUAAUUUUGAGAUCUCUUUUGAAAUCAAAGGUCUAAGAUACUCACUUUGGCUUAUUUUGUGUUUCGAUCUCCUAAAUUAUCCAAAUGACACGAUUAAAGUUAAAUUCGGUAUUCACAAAGCUGAUCUCAAACUUUACCCGUAUCAUCUUUUUCACAAAAAGAUUAGAUCAGUUCCCUCUGGAUCCUAUAAAUACAUUGGUCAAAUAGUUGAAACGGCCAAAAAGUUCAUCUUCGAUUGGCGAAGUGGUCAUAAGUCAAAGGCUAUUAGACUCUCUAUCAGACAAUUAAUUAAAGUUUAUUAACGAACCAGAGCUUAAUCAAGAAGUCUAAUUGUAAAUCAAACAAGUUAAUUGCAAUUAAAAGUUAAAAAUGAUCAAACCAUCAGAA